AUGGCCCGCACCCAGUCCCUGAUCGGCUUUACCGUGCUGUUCGCUCUCGUCGCCGUGCUGCUCCUGGCGCCCUCCGCGGCCAAUGCCCAGCAGCAGGCGUGUCCCCAGAGCGACGUCCGCCCCGAUGCCUGGGUUCAGGCUCUGGUGCAGGCGAUGAACGACCUGGGCCUCUCGAGCGAGAAGAUGGCCCUGCUGCAGAAGUCCGUGGCCAACGACACGCGCGUCUUCUCCGGUGCCCAGAUUGUCAACAUUCUCAAGGCGCUCCCCUUCACCGACGACAAAGUCACGGUCCUCAACGUGAUCUCCUUCUCGUCGGACCGCAUUACCGUGCUCAAGGGCAUCAAGGACACGCUGCUCAACGCCUCCGACGAGAACAAGGUGUUCAUCGCCACCACGUGCUGGUCCAUGAGCUCCGACCAGCAGGCCGCUUACGCCAUCCUCCGCGAUGUCGCCAGCCGGGAUUGCAUCUUUGGCAGCGUGACGGCCCUGUCGGCCACGUUCGUCAUCGACGUGUCGGGCUCGAUGGACACCCGGUUCACCCUCAACGGCACCACCUACUCGCGGCUGUCCUACGUGCAGCAGCACCUGAGCCAGGUGAUCAGCGAGCAGCUCAAGCCCUACCAGCAGUUCAACGUCAUCAUUUACAGCAGCGGUGCCCGCGCGCUCUUCAGCGCUCCCGUCAACGCCACCACCGCCAACAUCAAGAGCGCGCUGACCUUCGUGGCGGGCCUGCGCGCCGGCGGGUCGACCAACACGUACGCGGGUCUCCAGCUGGCCUUCAGCUCGUCCAAGGACACCGUCGCGGUCUACCUGCUCACCGACGGCGUGCCCGACUCGGGCCUGGCGCCGCGCAUCCUGCAGGCCAUCCCGCAGUGGGAGGCCCAGCGCGCGGCCGACCGCCAGAUCCGCAUCUUCGCCACGGCGUUCCUGCUGGGUCCGGACAGCGCGGCGGACAAGCAGCUGAGCGCGGCGUUCAUGAAGCAGGUGGCCGCCAUCACCAACGGCGUUUACCGCAACAUGGACCAGACCCAGUAG